AUGGCUACUACCACGUACUCCCCCCUCCCCUCCCCACUCCCCCCCUACCCCGCCCUCUCCAGGCUGCGCGAAUCAACCCCACUCGAACGCAAUGCCUCGACCUCCUCUUCCCGCUCCACCACCACCCAGUCGAGUACCACCUCCAGCCUCGUCGCUGUAGAGAUGCGCCCGCCGCCCAAGGAAACGCGGACGGCCGCGUCAGGCGCUCUCGGGUCGAACGAUAGCAGCAGCUCUAGCUCCAGCGACCUCGUUGCUCCUUCCCCCGGGCAGGGAGCUGGGAGGGGGUAUCAUACUUCCCCACCCGAGGGGAUAUACGGCGGGCGGGGCUUUCAGAGAAACGGACCUCGGUCUUCCGCUGCUAGCGGCGGGACUGGGCUGCCUGCGUCCCAGUCGGCCCCGAAUCGCAGACUACCAGCGAUCAUCACGGACGAUACGGAUGAUCCGCCACCCUCCGCCAGGCCAAACUCGAGCUAUGUCCCUUCGGGGGUCUCGGUAGUCUCGGGGGCGUCGGGGAUCUCGCCUACCACGCCCCGUGCUGGGCGGUUCUUCACUCGUCCGACAGGGAUGGAGGAGGACGAGGACGGGCCGUUCGGAGCGGGCAAGAGCGCUGGGAUACCCCUCUCGCCAUACAACAAGGCCCGGGCGAUGAGCUCUGGCGGGCCAGCAGAGGCAUGGGAAAGAGAGAGGGAGAGGAGGCAGAGCGUGGCUAGUGCGAGAAGCGGGACGACUGUGGGCAGUACUACAGGCGGAGGAGCACCAAGAGCAGCGAGGGAGACGACGGCGGAUUAUGUGUUUGGGGAAGAGUUGGGCCGGGGGAGCUACAGCACUGCACGUUCUUCGGUCGUCCACGCCGUUCGAGCCUCUACCUCUUCCACUCUCCCGGGCUCGCCCAUCUCCCCGAGUCGACCUCCCAAGCAGUACGCCGUCAAAAUCAUCAAUCAAGCGCACCUCAUCCAAGAGCGCAAGACGAAAUACGCCAUGAUCGAGCGAGACGCGCUCGUUCGGCUCGGCGCACCCCGCGGCGCACCUGCUAUUGGCGGACCAUCAGGCAAAGGCCAUCGGCGAGUGCCAUCCGGUUCCAGUGCAGCGACGCCCGCCGGGCAGCGGAGUCGGACGAGUACCGCCGAUGCCCCCGUUGGGUCGUCAGAGCGGAGAGACAGUACCACCACCAUGCCUGGAGACAUACCCUCCUCUUCAUCGCUGGCCCCUAUGCCUUCUCCGGCUCUGUCCAGCUCGGCAUCUACAUCAAGCUCAACACUCGAUUUCAGCAUGAUGGGCGGUCGAGCAGGGCGGCGUCCGAGCAGAUCCGCCGAUCCACCAGAGGUCGUCCCUGAGCGUUCGGAGGACGGGCACGAUCUACCUAUGGGCGUGACAGGCAUAAUCAAGUCUCGGCCGCCAUCGCCAGUCAAGGAAGAGAGUCCGAGUCGGGAUCCGCAGUCCACUCCGCCUAGUCAGAUCAGGCAGACGAUGGGGUACACGCCAGGAACAGAAGGGGGAGAGAGGGGUCAGAGAGCAGAGAAGGCGGAUGGGACGUCAGUGCCUAGGACGAGUAAGGAGGCGAGUCGGGAUCGGAGUCGCAGGAGUGGGGCGGGGAAGGGGGCGCAUCCAGGUGUGAUCAGGCUGUAUUCGACGUUCAAUGACGCUACGAGCUUGUAUUUCGUGCUGGACCUGGCGAGCAAGGGCGAGCUGUUGACUUAUCUCCGCAAGUAUGGUUCCCUCGAUAUCGAAUCAGCAAGAUACUACGCCGCUCUACUCCUCGAUACCAUGGAGUUCAUGCAUGAGCGCGGAGUAGUCCACCGCGACCUCAAGCCGGAAAAUAUCCUUCUGGACGACGAUAUGCGCCUAAAGGUCACUGACUUUGGCUCGGCCAAGCUGCUCGAUAAGGAUGGCAAAGAUCCGAAAGAUCAAGCGGGGGAUGCUGGACCGGGUGGAAGGAGUACCAAGCGCUCGUUUGUCGGUUCGGCGGACUUUGUUUCGCCCGAAGUGCUCAGGAAUGAGCCUGCACUUGCUGCUUCGGAUGUCUGGGCCUUUGGGUGUAUCGUCUACCAGCUUAUUGUGGGCAAACCGCCAUUCCGGGGUGCGACGGAUUACCUCACCUUCCAAAAGAUCUUGAAGCGGGAGAUGGUGACUCCUGACGGAUUCGACGAGGAGGCUCAAGCACUCGUGGAUCUCAUCCUGAACCUGGAUCCUGCAGCUCGACCUACCCCGUCCGAGAUGAAAUCCCAUCCCUUCUUCGCCUCUAUCAACUGGAACACCGUCUGGCAGAUCCCCGCUCCGCCCAUGUCGACAGGAAUCACCCCGCCCGUAGCCACGCUCGCGACGAUCGAUCCUGCCUCGGACAUGUGGGCGGUGUUUGAGGACGAAAUGUCAGACAAUGGCGAUUCCGAGCUCCCCUCACCUGCUUUGGAGAGCCCAUCCGCACCAGGACCUGGGGGCACGGAGCCGCGCUACGACCGCCGAGCCGCUGCCGAUGCGGUAUGGGCCGUUGACGCACCCGAUUCUCGUGCCGCCGGCACGGAUCAGGAGGACCUGGAACCUCCCAAGCCUGCUUGGAUGGAGCCGGGCCAGCGCAAGCUGCGGGCGUUGAGCAAGGGGUCGUCUGCGCGUACAAGCAGCAGCUCGUCUGGCGGGAACAGGACGGCUUUGACGGGGCUGCUCGAGACGAUGGGGAUUGUAGGGUCGAAUGGGUCCGGAGGGGUCAGCGGGCGAACGAGCCGGGCCAGUGGAAGUCUGAAGGAGGGCACGGAGGCUAGGGUGACGCAGGGUAUGGGUGCGAAGGGUUCGCCUGGGCAGAGCGGACCAGUCCAGCGAGUACAGAUGGACCGGCGGGACGACUCUGGAUAUAGGUCAGACAAUUCCCGAUGGAACCAACUUCUUCUCACCAACGAGGCCAUUGUCCACACUUCUCCUAUCUCUAUUCGCACGCCCACCUCUUCCCUCCUCCCGGCAUUCCUGUCACCCGGAAGCUCCAAACGGCGUCAAUUGAUCCUCACCGACCUCCCUCGCCUCUUUACAGUCAAGGAAGAGUCGCCUGGAUCGGCCAUCCACUCGGCGGCUAGUCUGUCGGCCGCGAGCCAGGCCAGUCUGAGCGUCAAGAAUGAGUGUGUGUUCUGGGCCGGAGAAGGUGGGGCGGGGGGGGCGGGCGGAGGUCAGAGCAGGGUCAUGGAGGUUCUGGAGAAGGGUCAGCGGGGAUUCACUGUUCAGACUCCUGCUCAGACAUUCUCGUACGUUGCCGACACUGCCGAGUCCCGGGCGGAAUGGAUGGCCGCUCUGAGACAAGUCAUGGCGUAG